AUGACAGCCACCAGGCUGAAGGAAAACAACGAAAAAAUGAUUUCCUUGUUGAAAACAGGGGCAGCCACUGCAUUGUCAAAAAUAGAUGAUGAUGUGACACACAUCAUCUGUAACAGUGCAGAUUUUUCAAUCGCUCAGAAGUCUGUGAGCGAUUCGGCGUUUUGCUCGUUUGUUACACCAAAAUGGGUUUUCAUUUCAUAUUCUUUGCAUUAUUGCCUUCCUGUUAGAAGCUAUUCUGCAGAUUCUUUUAGUUUCUUUUCUGGUUUUGUCUUCUACUUCCACAAUAUUUCCAUUCCUUUAAAUCAGGUUUAUCUUCCGCUUUGCAUUCAUCGUGGAGGACAAGUGAUCACAUCUGUGAUGAGUCAGUGCACACACAUUAUCGUUUUUAAUCACACGCGACCCUUAAAUCUUCCCCCUGAAAUCACCACCUUUCCCCAGAUUCAUGUAGUGAGUGAGCUUUGGCUAGAGUCGUGUCUCCGCAGCAAGAGUCUCGUCGAUGACACUCCCUAUCUCCUUCAGCCAGUGAACACGGAGGACGUUCCUGUCUCUUUUCAGCUCCAAACCACGCGUUAUAUCUUUGAGUGGGAGAACGAUAUCCGUGCAUCGGUCGACAAUCUCUUCGAUGGCUGUACCUCCGACUAUUCUACCGCCUUUUCCGUUUUCUCUUUGAUUGUUUUGCUCAUUGACAGAACCCAAGAGCAAUUCUUCCUCACCUGCUCCGUUGAGAAAAUGGGCGGCCGCGUGCUUCCCUUCGUCCAAACCCUCGAGCACACCCUCGAAAUCUACACACAGCAAUCCUCUCCCAACGCUCUCACUCACAUCAUCUGUCCCUACCUCCGCUCCGGUCAGCGUCGUCGUCUCCAGCGAUGUCUCGGCUCGUACCCCGCGCAAAUCCUCUCCAGCAACUGGCUUUAUUCCUGCAUCGAUCAAUACACUUGUCUCUCAACAAGCCAGCUAAACCCUUGGGACACGCAGCUCUUCGCUCCAGCGGUGGAUGCUGCGAUUCCGGAGAUGCGCGAGUGCGUGAUUUCGGUGACAGGGUUUACAGCGGAGACGACUCCGACGCGAGAACAAGUGAAGAGCGCGAUUGAUACGAUCGGAGCGUGUUAUAUGGGUCCGCUGUGCAAGGAUCACACGACGCAUUUGGUGAGAAAGGAAGAGAAGUGA